CUCUAACCGAGCCGUCUUCUCCCGCUGAGGUGUGUGUCGUUAAACAGGUCUCGUGUUGGCCUGGAACCAAGGGACAACAAGACACAGAAAGCAAGAGGUGAAGAGAGAGAGCGUUGGGAAACAGAAAAAAUGCCGCACAAUUUCCAGCCAGGGGACCUGGUUUUCGCCAAAAUGAAGGGGUACCCCCACUGGCCAGCCCGGAUUGAGGAUGUGGCAGAAGGGGCAGUGAAGCCACCACCCAAUAAAAUCCCCAUCUUCUUCUUUGGGACCCACGAAACUGCAUUCCUUGCUCCAAAGGACCUUUUUGCCUAUGAAAAAUACUACGAACGAUAUGGGAAACCCAACAAAAGGAAGGGUUUCAAUGAGGGAUUGUGGGAAAUCCAAAACAACCCACAUGCCUCCUACACCGCCCCUCCAGUGCCUAGCUCCUCAGACAGUGAGGCGGGGGCCAGUGAGAACGCAGGAGGAAGUGAUGGAGAGGAGGAGGAAGCGGUGGUGCCCAGGAAAGCAGAGACAGGAAGUGAUGUGGAUUCUGACUCUGGAAGUGAUGAUCAAAGAAGAGGAGGAGGAGGGAUAAAGAGGAAAGCCCCUGCACAAAAGCGCCCGCCCCUGAAGCGAGCGCGUGGGUCCUCCAGUGACCGGGAAGAAGCAGAGGAGAGCGGGUCCCCCUCGGACCCUGACCCCUCACCCAGCUUUGAUUCCGACUCUGGCAAGAACAGCGACCAGGAUUUCACUCCGGAGAAGAAGUCUGUGGCCCGAGGUGGGAGGAAGGGAGCUGGUAGAGGCAGGAGGAAGAAGCCGGCCUCAGAUUCGGACUCCGACUCAGACUCUGCAUCUCAGUCUGAGGAGAAGCCCAGGCAGAGUGAUUCCGAGGAGGAGCAGAAGCCACGACCGGCGCUCUCGGGAUCAGAAUCCCAGUCUGGGUCCAAGUCCGACUCCGAGUCCGACCCGCCGCCCAGGAAAGCCCCCCAGGGGCGCAAGAAAGAGAAACCAGCCCCAAAGUCUCGUGGACGCAAACCAAAGCCUGCCCCGGCCAGACCGCCCCCUUCCUCUUCAGACAGUGACAGCGACAGCGAGCCGGACCGCAUCAGCGAGUGGAAGCGGCGGGACGAGGAGCGCCGGCGUGAGCUGGAGGAGCGCAGGAAGAGGGAGGAGGCCGAGGAGCUGCGCAGGCUGCGGGAGAGGGAGAAGGAGGAAGAGGAGAGGAGGAGGAGGGAAAAGGAAAAGGGGGGAGGGGAUAGCGGGAGCAGCAGCAGCAGCUCGGACGAGGGUGUGGAUGACCAGCCCAUCAGGAAGACCAAGAAGCCGCCUCCGCCACCCAUACCCGCGCCCUCCGACUCUGACUCCCCGCCGCCUGAUGAGGUGAAGAAAGCCCCUAAGCGUCCGGACAGCCAGAAGAAAGAUAAGCCAAAGAAAGAGAAGGAUGUGAAAGACAAAAAGGAGAAAGGAUGGAAGGACAAGAAGGUCCGGAGGAAAGAGGAGAAGCCGCGUCCAAGGCUGAAGCCAGAGAAGCCUAAGAGGAAGCCAGAGCGAUCUCCAGAGAAGAAGAUGGAGAAGAAAAAAGAGCUGUCCCCAGAGGAGAAGCUGCAGAAGCUCCACACUGACAUUAAGUUUGCACUGAAGGUGGACAAUCCAGAUAUUGAGCGCUGUCUUCAGGCCCUGGAAGAGUUGGGCUCAGUGCAGGUCACCAGCCACAUCCUGCAGAAGAACACUGAUGUAAUCACCACUCUCAAGAAGAUUCGGCGGUACAAGGCUAGCAGUGCAGUGAUGGAGAAGGCCAGCCAGGUUUACAACAAGCUGAAACUACAGUUUCUGGGCAAAUUAGAGCCCGCACUUAAACCCCGAUCAGAUGAGAAGAGCCAGGAGAACUGUGGAAAGGAGAAACAAAACACAGAUGCAGAGCCUGUGAAUGGGGAGUCUGAGCUUCAGAAAAAAGACGCUGAAUCUGAGUGCAUCUCCAAGUCACCUGACCAGGAGGACAGUGAGCAUACAUCUGCUCCCCCCAACAGACUCAGUCCUGAGAGCCCAGCCAAGCAGCAGACACAAGCUGAUGAUGUCACAGACCACAGCGUUACUUCAGAGACAGACCCACCAGCUGCAGAGAGUUGAGGAAACCAGAAGCAUAGUACAGUUGUUCGUGGCAUACAAAAAAGGAGAGAAUGCUCAGACUGACUGCAUCGUGGCACCGUGCUGAUGCUGUUCUUUUUUCUUUUUUUUUUUAAAUAUCAACUGUAUUUUCCUUUUGUUCAGACUUUUGUACAACAACCACAGCCCCUGUUACCAUUGCAGCCUCCCCUUUUCUUUAUCCUCUUUCUGAUCUCCAACAAUAGCAUUCAUUUGUAUUGUAUAUACAUUGAGGGGAUGUGUAUUUAGCACUUUGAACUUGAGGAGGGGCAAGAGGGAGGAAGGGAGCUUUGUCAUGAAUGUCAAAGUCUUUAAUGUUUC